GGCGGCGGGAGGAGCGGCGGGAGGAGCGGCGGCGGCGGCAGCGCGGGUCCCCGCCGCCCGCUCCGGCAGCGCGCUCCGGCCGGCGCAGGGGCGCAGGCGGCGCGGCGGGAGGAGCGGCGCGCGGCGCUGUCCCUUCAGCACCGGCGGGCGGGCGCCCCCCCCCCCGCACCGCCCCGCACCGCCCCGCACCGCCGGGAAGGGCGCGGGCACGGCUCCGCCGUAACCCCGCGGGGGCUGCAGCCGGCGCCCACCUCCGCUUCCCGCCCGGAGCACCUGUGGGCAGCGCCGGUGCCGAGAUUUUUUCUCCCCCGCCCCCUUUGUUCCCCUUUUUUUUCCCUUUUUAAAUUUUUUUUUCCCCCCUCGUGUGCUUUUGGCCACGUCCAACCAGGGGAGGGCCCUCCCCCUCCGGCACGUCCCUGCGCCCCGGCACCGCAGCGCCCGCUCUCCCGAAGCAUGGCCCCCCCUGCCCCUGCCCCUCCGCCGCGGCUGCAGCUCCCGCGGCCCCCGAGUGCCUGACUUCAGAGCGGGGCGGUGCAGCGCCCGGAGCCUCCGGCCGCGGCUUCCCCUCGGAGCGCCGCGGCCCCCGGGCAGCAGAGGCGGCCAGGGCCCUUCGCCCCCGCGGGCCUGGAGCGGGCUCCGGUUAGGCACCGACUGCUGCCGAGCAGCCGUCCCCCUACGGGCUUGCCGCCUGCCGUGCUUGCUUGGAUGAGUCUGCGACAUGCCUAAUAAGAGACGAGAUGGGCCAGGGCGACGAGAGCGACCGCAUUGUGAUCAACGUAGGAGGGACUAGGCACCAGACUUACCGCAGCACCCUACGCACCCUGCCCGGCACUCGGCUGGCCUGGAUUGCCGAACCCGAUGCCCACAGCCACUUCGACUAUGACCCUCGCACGGAUGAGUUUUUCUUUGACCGGCACCCGGGCGUCUUUGCCCACAUACUGAAUUACUACCGCACUGGCAAGCUGCACUGCCCCGCGGACGUGUGCGGGCCCCUGUAUGAGGAGGAGCUGGCCUUCUGGGGCAUCGAUGAGACCGAUGUGGAGCCCUGCUGUUGGAUGACCUACCGGCAGCACCGUGACGCCGAAGAGGCUCUGGACAGCUUUGGUGGGGCGCCCCUGGAUAGCAGUGCCGAGGACGGAGACAUAGAUGGCACCGGAGACUCUGGUGAUGGUGAAGAGGAGCUGGAGAUGACAAAACGCCUGGCACUUAGUGACUCCCCAGAUGGUAGGUCUGGGGGCUUCUGGAGACGGUGGCAGCCCCGCAUCUGGGCACUCUUUGAGGAUCCCUACUCCUCCAGAUAUGCAAGGUAUGUGGCAUUUGCCUCCCUCUUCUUCAUUCUGGUCUCCAUCACCACCUUCUGCCUCGAGACCCAUGAGAGAUUUAACCCCAUUGUGAACAAGACAGAAACUGAAUUCAUCGGGAAUGACACCCAGGUGCGGCACUACAGGGAAGCAGAGACUGAAGCCUUUCUCACCUACAUCGAAGGUGUCUGUGUGGUCUGGUUUACAUUUGAGUUCCUGAUGAGAGUCACUUUCUGCCCAAACAAGGUGGAAUUUAUCAAAAACUCUUUGAACAUCAUUGACUUUGUGGCCAUACUGCCUUUCUAUCUAGAGGUUGGACUCAGUGGCCUGUCUUCCAAAGCUGCUAAGGAUGUCCUGGGCUUCCUCCGCGUAGUCCGUUUCGUGCGAAUCCUGCGAAUUUUCAAGCUGACCCGCCACUUUGUUGGGUUGCGGGUCUUGGGACACACCCUCCGCGCCAGCACAAAUGAAUUCUUGCUGCUCAUCAUAUUUUUGGCAUUGGGCGUCCUAAUCUUUGCCACGAUGAUCUAUUAUGCCGAGAGAAUAGGUGCUAAACCAAAUGACCCUAGUGCCAGUGAACACACACACUUUAAAAAUAUCCCCAUCGGCUUUUGGUGGGCUGUUGUCACCAUGACGACCCUGGGCUACGGAGACAUGUAUCCUCAGACUUGGUCAGGCAUGCUGGUGGGGGCCCUCUGUGCUCUUGCUGGUGUGCUGACCAUUGCCAUGCCUGUCCCUGUCAUUGUGAACAAUUUCGGAAUGUAUUACUCCUUAGCUAUGGCUAAGCAGAAGCUACCAAAGAAAAAAAAGAAGCAUAUCCCGAGACCACCCCAGCUGGGAUCCCCCAAUUAUUGUAAAUCUGUCGUAAACUCUCCACACCACAGUACUCAGAGCGACACUUGCCCACUGGCCCAAGAAGAAAUUUUAGAAAUUAACAGAGCAGAUUCGAAACUGAAUGGUGAGGUGGCCAAGGCGGCGCUGGCAAACGAAGACUGUCCCCACAUAGACCAGGCUAUUACGCCUGAUGAGGGCCUGCCCUUUACUCGCUCUGGCACUCGGGAGAGAUAUGGACCCUGCUUCCUCUUAUCAACCGGGGAAUAUCCCUGCCCGCCUGAUGGAGGAAUAAGAAAGGGUUACGAAAUGUCACGGAGCCUUAACAGCAUAGCUGGCAUAAGUGGAAAAGCGAUAGGAUUAUCCUCAGUGUCUGCGCCCUACAGCUCUCCUAGUCCAGUGAGACGUUCUUGGUCUCCCAUCCCAUCUAUUUUGUAGCAUGGAUCAGUAGCAGAGAAUGGUCUAAAAAGCUUUAUUUUCAAUUAGCCUAUGCUAUGUUGCAUAUAAUCCAGGUGACUAAGUCUGAAGAUGCAAUGUCUCACAGUAGCACCUGCUGGGAAUGGUGUUACUACUGAUGCUAGGUGACAACACUCCUAACUAGCACUCAGAUGACAAUAGGCAGGCAUUUACGUAGUACUGGUGGGCCAUACAUGCUGCAUGGUAUCAGUACAUAGAAGGGUGGAUGCACCAGAUAAUCUCCUUCCUGGUGCAUCGGCUAGUAUACGCUUAUUUUGGCUAAUGGUGGAUCUACUGGCUCUGUAUGGAAUGGGUUAGGCAUUUAGUCAAUGCUGAAACAUGCCAACGAUGGAAGAUUUUGCUUUUCUCAGGAUAUUUUUGAGCCAUAGGAACCCUGCAGGAGUUUGAGCAAACAAGCACAGUAGGAUGAAACUUUGCAUGGGCGCCUAUUUUAAGCUGAAAGCAAUACUCAGACACACUGUAGAGAGGUCUCAGUCUGGCUGACUGCAUGGAAAAAAAAUCCUGUUGAAGAAGAAUAUGGCUGCCUCUGCAUGUAGCUAUUUCACCUUUUCCUCCUUCUUUUAAAACUAAGAUGCCGAGCUUGAUGUGAAAAGCACAGGGAAGAAGCUCAAGUACUGAUUGUAUUCUUUACAUGCAGAUCUUUGCAAAGAAAGUCCAGUCAUUGCUAAAUAUAUGCCAACAGAGGCAGUCAGAGUGACCUGACAAGGCAAGAUGGAGAUGAACAUUGAUGGCUAAUAAACAUCUCUGUGGAACUGUGCAGGCAUAGAAGACCUUCUCAUUUGGACAAAGUUAACUCGUUCCAUGCAGGUUUUAUGGAUGAUUCUUCGUGGUUUUGGAGUUGUACUAGAGAUGCAGGCUUUUUCUACGGCCAAAAUGUAACAAAACUGUAGAAGAUAAUUUUUUUUUAAUCUAUUUUUUUGUUCCAUAGCAUGAAUUGCAUGAAGACAAAAAUAAUAAAAAAAAACCACACAAAAAACCCAAAACAAACAAAAAAAACCCCAAACACCCAAAACCAAGAAACACUGCACAUGUAUGAUUAAGGAGAAAAAAAAGCAAAGUUAUAUAUUUUCUUUCAAAGCUCUUUACUUUUACAUACAUUGUUGUAGCCAAAAUGUAAAACAUUAUAAAACUGUACAUUUCUUUGCUAUGGAUUGCUUCUUUUUGUAUACAAGAUACAAAGUAAUGGUUUUAAAAAGUGCAAUCAGGCAGUCAUCGGUCAUAUUGACCACGCCUUCACAGUUCAUCACACCGACAUGGAAAUCAAGAACUUUUAAUCCAACUAGAAGUGUAUAAAAAUAAGAAAAACUUUUUCCUGUCUGUUUUUGUUGGCAUGCUUGUGACACAUGGGACCUUCCUUUGGACCUGACAGUAACAGCUGGCCUAGAUUUAAUUUUCCAGCUCUGGUUAUGUUGUAUUUUAUUGAUGUAUAGAUCCAACGUAAAGACCCUUCAUAAAUUGUUCAUAUAAGUAAUCAGUAUGAAUUUUAAACAGAGGUGUUAUUUUAAAACUGGGACUUAUAGUACAAAAUCAGGAAAAUACUCAAGUAUAAAUGGUCUCAAAGUUUAAGAAACAAGACAACAGCAUUGUAUGCAAUUUAGUACUGAGUAAAAUGCAUGCACAAUGUUAUGCAAAACAAUUCUAGCAUGAAAUAAAUUUUGUAUCAUGGUUUCAGUGCCUGCUGUAUAGUGUAAAGGGGAAUCCUUUUCUGAAGCGAUCAGGGGUUUCCAGAGACUUGCUUCUAAAAAUCUUGAAUAAAUACAGUGUUCUCAACAGAUACGUAGGAAAAAAGCUUGGUAUUGCUUUGGUUCUACAAUGCUAAUUUUGGUUAGUAGAUAAUAAAUGAAGCCUGCAAACACUUGAUACAACUGAUGUCUGAAGAAUCCACACCAUUAGUAAUUUUAUGAGGGAAGAUUAAAAAACCCUAUAAUUAUCUAGGUAUCUUCCUUUUCCUUCCCCAACAAUAAUAAAAGUUUGUCUUUUUAGCUGAUUAAA